UUUCGAAUUUUUCAGGAUGGAGUCCACUCCAGUUUGGGCACCAUUUUUGGGUUUAAUUGGAUGUAGUUCGGCGAUGAUAUUAUGUGCACUUGGCGCUGGUUACGGCACUGCCAUUUCCGGUAUGAGCAUUUCAUGCAUUGCAGUAUCCCGUCCUGAUAUCGUCAUGAAGACCAUAAUACCAGUUGUAAUGGCAGGGAUAAUUGCAAUAUAUGGUCUUGUCGUCUCUGUAUUAAUUGCUCAAAGAAUAGACGACAGUUACACCUUAUUUAUGUCAAUUAAUGAUCUUGGUGCUGGUUUAAGCGUGGGAUUCAGUGGACUGGCUGCUGGCUAUGCGAUUGGGAAAGUUGGUGACGCCGGUGUGCGAGCAACCUCCAAGCAACCAAGAAUGUUUGUUGGAAUGGUGCUUAUUUUAAUCUUUGCGGAGGUACUUGGACUCUAUGGACUGAUAGUUGCUCUUAUUAUGUCGACAAAGUGAUUUGACUUAAAUAACUCCUUACACACUAUCGAUUCGCAUAAUAAUUAUUCCUAUAUGUUAUCUUUUCAAGAUUUUGUGAUUGGUACACUCUCUUUGAUAUUGAUAAACUUAGUUCUUUUACAAAAGUCAAAGAAUUCUUCCAAUGACUAGUCACAUUGCUCUUUAUACUAAUUAUCACCAUCUAAGAUUCUUUGGUAAAUGAAUCAACUAGUUGAGCAUUCCAAUGGUUUUAUGUAAUAUCCACUCCCAUUCCUUCCUUAUUUUUAAAUUAUGACCUUUUUUAGGAAUGUCAUGAGUUAGAAGUAAAAAAAAAACAAGUUGCGUGUGAAAAAAGCUGAGCUGAGUAAAUGUGAGGAUUAAACAAAACGCAUGGUUAGUUAAGCCUAAGCAACCUAGCCAGUUUCACUCAGCGAGAUCAAGCUUUGAAUAGAAAAUAAACAUUUUAGUUGGAUAUAAAUGAACAACUUCCUCCUAAGACUAAACCCAACGUGUUGUUGUAAACCCCUAGUAAGAAUUUAAAGUCAGUGGCUGCAUUCAAAAGCGAGACACCACUGUCUCAGUAUUCCCAUAGUUGGCGAUAUCUAGGCACAUAAGACCGAUCCGGAAUAUUAUAAAAGAUAUAUGUUAUGACAUUUCGAGCAUAGAGGUCACCACGAUACUUUUAAGUUUAAAAGUAUUUUGGAACGACUAGACAAGGUGUCGAAACCUCAAAGUGGUUAAUUAGAAGCGACGCAUCAGUAGUUAUAGUAGGACUAAUUAAUUCAAUAUUCACUCUACAAUCAUAAAACAUCAAAUUAUUAGAUUAUUAUUUAGUGUUUCGGUCUACUUGUUUAAUUGGAGAUGAGUUUGGUUGCCUCAAAUUGGCUAAUUAACUUUAGGAACUACUAGUAUAUCUUGUAAAUGAUAUACUGACCUCUCAUCGUAGAUUUCCUAAUUAAAAGUUUUGAUUAAUCGUAGACAGUCCUGAUAAAAUCAAAGGUAAUAAUGAUGGAUAGGAUUAAAUUCAAUUAGUUGCCAUCUUCAAGUUAUUGUAUUCAGACGUGGUCUACAGGAAACGUAAUCAUAGUUUCCUGUGGGCUACUGUAAUGAGUAGUUAUUUUUCUCUGGUUUCCGAAUGACCAAAGUUACUACGAAAUAAAUUUGGGUGUUUUCUAAAUUCAUACCUCUUCUGUUGUGAGGAGUUGACACUAGUUGUACAGUUUUGGGAUAUCUUCGUAGCACAUAAGCUUUUACAUUUGAAAAACCUUUUGUCGGGAAUUGCUUGACGAUAAGGGGAGUGUUGGGAGGUCGUAAAAAGCUGUGUAGGUGAUAAUUUGAAGUACAAAUGAAAGGAGUUUCCCUCUGUUAAAUAAACAAAUAUAUUUUUACAUGGUCGCUGUUAAAAUAGUGUGUACACGGUAAUAUUUGUGCUAAAAUCUGAUCUAUAGCUCACCAUAGCUUCUUCCAUUUAAUGAUCUCCAUUGUGUGUAGACGACGAGUAAAGUUACUCCAAACUAUGUAGGGUCACUAGUUAGCCCAAUAAGCUUAAGCUGGUUAUCGGUAAGGUGUACUCGAAAUAUAUUAUGCACCUUAACACUGUGUUGUGUGUUUAGUUGAUUUCUCUCAAACAAGUGACCAUAGGGAUCUUAACAACAAAAAAUAAGAUAGUCCUGGCAGAUUUGAACUAAACUGUGUUUGGGUCAAAUAAUUUAGGUACAAUGUGAACGUUUUUAGUACCUAGGAUCUGCGUUCCGAUCUAUCUAGAAUAUUGAUAAACUGGAUCACAAUGUUGGUAUUUGCAUCACGACUGGAGUCCAUUACCUAUAGAUUCUAGCUUCGACACGCAAUUCACUAAGUUACGUAUUCCGGAUAUCCACUAACUUUCUCGUGGGGUAUAAAGGUAUAUUCAUGUUCGUACAACUGUAGUAAGAGUUGAUCUAUGCAUAAACUAAAUAUGUAAUAUAAGCAUCAACAUUCGCUUAUCCACUGAGCUCAAUUAUUUGUACAUUAUAAUUAUCUAGCUGUUUGGACAGAUUAUUAUGUGAAUAGUGUUUUCAAGAAUGUGAUAAUUAUAUCAAAUCAACUGUUUGGCAGAGCUUUUUAUAGGCGAUGAUGGUUAGUGUGGGAGUAGGUUGGAAGGGAGCUACGGGCGUGUAAACCAAGACGUCACCGGUCCAUGAGGACACUGACUAGUAGGCUAACACAUGUAGGUAAGUGAGGACUACCUAGCUGGGGUCUGCGUGAUUGUCUUAACCAGUGGUUAGAUACUCUGGGUGGAACGGCUGAAAGACGUUCGCAAUGUCGCAAUAGCAUCCACUUUCUAUCCUCCCUUGGAUCCCAAGUUUCUAAAUCCCACAUUUUAUCUCACUAAUUCAUUCUUUAUUUUAUUAUAUCUUCGAUGCCUAAUCUUUUCUGUUACCAGUAGUACGGUUACUAACCCUAACACUGGGAUUCUCCCUGACUAUUUCGUCUCACUGUGCUAAUGGGGUGUGGCAAUUUGGACCUAUGUGGACACUAGCCAGAUCAUACGUCGCGUUUGGCCGACUUAUAAUUCACUAAAGAACAGUUAGGUAUGAAUUGAGUACUUAGUAUUGCUUGUUAUUUUAUCCCUGACUUUUUCUAUCUUACUACACUUAGCUUUACGUAUUUAAUGUUGUAAGUCACCUUCGUCACGUAAGCUAGUCUAACCUUUGUUGGGAUUCACCCUCUACUGAAAUUGUAAACAGUACAUGAAAAAAUAAUCUUCAUUUUUAGUUAUUGCACAUGCUUAGAAACUUGAUAAGGUUGCUUGCAUCGUUCUCAAACAAAUUCCUUAUUAGUUGCUUUUUUUCGAAUGUUCUUGAUUGUCUGAUACAUCACUAAUAUAUUUUUUUGAUUGAUGGAUUUUCUUCCAAUAUUGAUCAUAUCAAAAAUGACGUUGAACAGAAGUAAUCACAGGCUAAUUAUUCUUUAAAUGUUUCCCUACAACAGUUCUUCUUGAUAAUAAGUCUUAGUGGCCUUUAAUUUUUUUUGUACGUUGAUUUUUCCCAUGAAAUACGUAACAAGACUUUCUUACUUUUGUUGUGAUACUUUCAUCUGUUACCACUACUAAUCACGCAACUGUUUACACAAGUAUCAUUACCAUCAUCUUCCAUAUGUUAUAUAUGAUGUAAGAGUGACCCAAUCACUAACAGGGAAAUAUAGUAAAUCGGUGAGACCAGUCAAAGACAAAGGGGGCAAGCCAAUCACUGAGAUUCAAGAACAGUGGAUCGGGUGGGUAGAACAAUUUGAUGAAUUCUUGAAUAGACCAGCCUCGCUGAACCCACCGGAAAUCGAUGCAGCAUGUACAGAGCUUCCUAUAUAUUUCAUUUCACCAACGAUCAAACAAAAGAUGGUUAUUGGAAAAAUCAAGAGUGGGGAAGCUGCAGGACCAGACAAUAUGGCAGCCGAAGCACUGAAAUCAGAAAUGGAAGUAACUAAACAUGCUCCACGUUCUAUUCAGGAAGAUAUGGGAGGAAGAACAAGUGCCAACAGACUAGAAGGAGGCGUACCUCAACAAGAUACCAAAGAAAGAUCUGAGCGGGAUCUGUCCAAGUGGGGAUCGGAGUCAUACAAGUCUGCUUACUCUCCCUCUCCCUCUUUCUCAUUCUUCUGGUAGUUGACUGGAUUAUGAAAACCACAACAUCUGAGGGAAAACACGGAAUACAAUGGACAGGUUGUAUGCAACUAGAUGAUUUUUACUUGUAAGAUGACCUAGCUCUUCCUUCCUAUACACACAAACAAAUUCAGGUCAAGAGAACCAGUGUAGCAGCAGCCUCUGCAUCAGUAGGCCUUAACAUACACAUGGGAUGAAGCACGGUCCUCAAAUACAACACAGAGAUCAUUAACGCAAUCACACUUGAUGGUGAAACUCAGGUAGAGGUGGAAACUUUCACGUACCUGGACAGCAUCAUCGACGAACGUGGAGGAUCUGAUGCAGAUGUAAAUGCGAGAAUUAGAAGUGCAAGGGGUAACAGGCGUAAGUAAGUGACCCAAUCAGAACUGACAUGAUAACUGAUAUUUGCACGAAUUUAGGAAGCAAAUGACUUUUAUCCUUUAUCAUGUGAAAUGGACAACAGAAACACUUUUGUAUGGUAUUCUAGACAAAAUAUACUUUUUAAAUAAUGGAGUAUAGCAACUCACGUGUAAUUGAGUUUGUUCUCAUUUAACUCGGUCAAGCCCUUUUGUUAACUUAUUUAGCGGAAAAAGUCAUCCGUACUAUAACAACUUAUUGUACCUUUAUUAUUGUUGUGCUUGUAUGAAAUAUGUAUGCUUGAACAUUGCUUACCGCAUACGCAUAUAUACAUUCUGCUAGCUUUAUUAUUUGCUGCUUAAUUGAUUCGAUGAUCCAUUCAUUCCCCUAUAUAUAUACAUGUACAUUUACACUCUCGGUUCGCUGACUCGUUCAUUUGCCUCUCUGCUUUUUGGUGUGAGUUAUCUGCUAAUAAAACUGUAGUCGCUGCUU